CCCUGGCUCCAUCACCCCCACUGCAUCUCUGCCACGCUCGCUGCUCGGUCGCAACCCAGCCUGUCUCCUGAUCGUUCACUGCAACCCAAAGGCUUUCCGCACCCGCUUGACAAACCCACCCAGCCUCCACGCGGGUACAUGCACUCACCCAUGCGACACUAACAACGCCACAACUCACAAUGUCAUCCACCACCGAGGCCGCCUUCACCAGCCAACCCAGCCCCACCGGCGGGCCUGAUAAUGGCGGUGGCGGUGGAGGCGGCGGUCCCACCAGUUCGCCGCUGCUCUUCUUCGUCGCGCUGGGCUUCGGUGUCGUCUUUACAAACCUAUGGAUCAUCGUCGGCGUCAAGUACUGCUUCCGCUACAAUCGCCGUCGCGCUGCCCAGAAUGCUGCCAAUGCUGAAAUCGACAUGGCCAACGUGCCCCGUCCUCACCGAAGGCGCAGGGAAAAGAAGCUCAUGACCAUGGACGAGGUGAACGAACGUUUCUCCCUGACCAAGUACAAGCAAUGGAAGUCGAGUCGCGAGACCGAGGGACUGCCAUCCAACGGUGGCAUCGCAACAGCGCCCCAGAGCAGAGCAUCAAGCAUCAAGGAUGUCGAGGCUGCCUCGCCUACCCCAGACGACGGCCCAGGACCGAGGACAGACACUGCGCUUUCCAUGGCCCGCCAAGAUCAUGCCGCCCAAAACUCGUCAUCCUCGCCGAGAUCAAGCGUGGAAAGCAAAAAGGGCGAGCACGUCCAUGAUGCUGAGAAGCACAUCCAACCCAGCCCCACCGGCGGGCCUGAUAAUGGCGGUGGCGGUGGAGGCGGCGGUCCCACCAGUUCGCCGCUGCUCUUCUUCGUCGCGCUGGGCUUCGGUGUCGUCUUUACAAACCUAUGGAUCAUCGUCGGCGUCAAGUACUGCUUCCGCUACAAUCGCCGUCGCGCUGCCCAGAAUGCUGCCAAUGCUGAAAUCGACAUGGCCAACGUGCCCCGUCCUCACCGAAGGCGCAGGGAAAAGAAGCUCAUGACCAUGGACGAGGUGAACGAACGUUUCUCCCUGACCAAGUACAAGCAAUGGAAGUCGAGUCGCGAGACCGAGGGACUGCCAUCCAACGGUGGCAUCGCAACAGCGCCCCAGAGCAGAGCAUCAAGCAUCAAGGAUGUCGAGGCUGCCUCGCCUACCCCAGACGACGGCCCAGGACCGAGGACAGACACUGCGCUUUCCAUGGCCCGCCAAGAUCAUGCCGCCCAAAACUCGUCAUCCUCGCCGAGAUCAAGCGUGGAAAGCAAAAAGGGCGAGCACGUCCAUGAUGCUGAGAAGCACAUGGAAAAAGACGAGGCGGUCGCCGGCAAGGCCAAGGAGGACGAGGCGCGCAGCCCUACGCCACAAGCAACCGUACGCGAGCGAGAAGACGACUCAGAUGACGAUGACGAUGACCCGAUUCGUACUGCCACUGCACCAGAAUUGCUGGCCGAGCCCGGCGACACGUGUGCCAUUUGCAUAGAUACCCUCGAGGAUGACGAAGACGUAAGAGGACUGACCUGCGGUCAUGCUUUCCACGCUAGUUGCGUUGACCCGUGGUUGACAAGUCGCCGCGCCUGCUGCCCGCUCUGCAAGGCCGACUACUAUGUUCCAAAGCCUCGCCCGGAAGGUGAAGUCGAUCCUACCACUGGCCUCCGUCCAGGCGCUGCUCCCACGUCACCACAGGCCGUCUGGGCCUCGACCAACCCCUUCUCUCGAUCUCGGGUAGUGAUUAUCAAUUCCGACGUCCCGCCACAACGUGCUUCUGGACGCAUGGGUCGGUCUAGCCGGGGCGGCCAUUUCGCACCCGGCGGUGCAUCACACGGCACAGCCCAAUCUGGGCAGAAUUCUGGUUGGCUAUCACGUAUAACCCCCGCUUCCAGCCAGGGAAGCCCUCCCCGAUUCUCGAGCUGGUUCACCCGUAACAGGGGCGCUUCCAACAAUGCGAGCGCUUCCCAGCAGCCGACACCAGGGCAGCUAGAAGCUGGAAACCGGUAGAUGCCACGACCACUCUCUCGUCCAAAUCUUUUAUCCAAUUCCCAGUUCUUACGUUUCAUUACGAAUAUGCUCAUACCCCGUGGACUUUUUAUGUGCGCCAUCGUUUUUUACCAUCGCACCUCCUAGGAGUUUCAUUGUCUUCCCCACUUGUCCAAUCCUAGCGAUUAAGCAAGCGACCGUGUCUUCCUCUCCCGGCGUUAUUAUACGGCUUAGUAGUCUUAGUACCUAUUUGGAGCACAGCAUUUCGGCGUCUUCUUUUACCGUUUCAGCUUUCUCAUCAUGGGAGUCGGGAAAGAGACGAACAGAAAUGAUGUACGUUUGCCUGCAUAAGAGAGCAAUAAUGCAACUUGGCUCUCACCCCCACUCAAGAAAAAA